AUGGCGCGGGCGAACCUCCUGCUAAGUGCAGAGCUCGAGCGCGCGUUCGCCGACGCACAGAGUGGCAAGCUCCGCUUUGUCAAGGUGUCUAUUGAGGGCGAGUCGUUUGUGCUAAGCGCAGCGGGGCCUGCGACGUCGGAGCCGCGCAAUGACGUAGAGCAGCUUGUGACAGCCAACCUCAAUGCGGAACAGGCAGCGUUCGUGCUGCUGUGCCCGGACACGAAUGUGGCUGCGCUGCGUUGGGUACUAUUGGCUUUUGUCCCUGAGAGCGUGAGCAGCGAAGUGACGUGGGAGAGUUUUUUGGAGGCGAGGAAGAAGCAGGCGGCGGACGCACCUCUGUCCGAGUCGGAGCGGCUGCUUAAGGAAGCGGCAUUGUUGGAGCGUGAUACGAACGUCAAGUCCAGCGCGAUGGGUGUCGUACCCUUUGAGAUCACGCAGAACGUGCGUGAUAAGCUGAGACUGUUGCAGGAUAACAAGUUCGACUGGAUCGCUAUGAAAUUGAGCGAGGAUAACGAGAGUGUCGAGGUGGUGAAGAGUCUGGAGAACGUAGAGCUGAUUGACGUGCCAUCAACGCUGGACCGUCGCACUCCGAGCUUCGUGGCGUAUCGCUACCGCGGACCGGUGGCGUCCGGAGCCACGUCGGCACUGAUUUUCAUGUAUGUGUGUCCUGAAGACUCGCCUGUGCGUCUGAAAAUGGUCUACUCGACCUGCAAAGCUACGGUUCUCUCUGUCGCCAACGAACAACUUCACAUCAAGUUUGACCACACGAUUGAGAUCAACAACCCUUCCAGUGCCGUAGAUGAUAUUCGCUCGGAGCUGGCUCCUAAGACCGAGGAAGAGCUUAAACCGCGCGAAUUUGCACGACCUGCUGCUCCUGGUCGUGGACGCGGCCGAGGAAGAGGUCGUGGUCCUCCUGGCUCUAAGUAA